AUGGAUCCUCAGGACUGCCCAUGCACUACUGGUGGUUCUUGUACCUGUGCUGGUUCCUGCAAAUGUAAAAAUUGCAAAUGUACUUCCUGCCAAAAAAGCUGCUGUUUCUGUUGCCUGGCUGGCUGCACCAACUGUGCCAAGGGCUGUGUCUGCAAAGAGCCUCUGUCGAAUAAGUGCAGCUGUUGCAGCUAA